AUGACAUGGCACUGCAAUGGGACUACAAAUCAAGAGAUGAUUGACAAAUUAAAAGCAUGGCUUCAUGCAUACGCUCUGUCCUUCCUGAGCGAUCAACUGAAAACGGGAGCACGUGCGUUGGACGUUGGAUCUGGUUCUGGCUACCUGACAGCCUGUAUGGCAAACAUGGUCGGCCCACAGGGCCGCGUUAUUGGCAUCGAACAUAUUCCCGAGCUGAUUGAAAUAUCAAUCAGAAACAUACAGAAGGAUUGUCCGAAUUUUAUCGAAGAAGGACGCAUUAAAUUCCUUGAGGCGGAUGGAAGGGAAGGAUAUCCAACUGAUAGCCCCUACGAUGCUAUUCACGUUGGUGCUGCUGCUGAUUUUGUACCUGAGCAAUUAAUUGAACAAUUAGCACCAGGAGGUCGCAUGAUCAUACCCGUGGUAGCAAUGGAAGGAUUUCAAAAGUUUCAGGAUCUCUUGCAAGUGGAUAAACAUCAAGAUGGAUCUAUUACUCAAACGAAAUUGAUGCACGUUUCUUACGUGCCAUUAACAGACCCUACGAAAACACCUGUUGGAACCGAACCUUUGUCGGACUAUCAAGUCUCCUGGUUAAAUAGUGUCGUGUAUAUCGGAUCACUGACUGUCUUACCCAUUUGCAGAUAUAUAUCCGAAAAUUAUGGACGAAAAAGAGUUGGUUAUCUAAUAACCGUGCCUCUAAUGAUCUGCUGGAUUCUCACUUUAUCAGCGAGUAAUUUUUGGCACUUACUUGUUGCUCGUUACCUUGCUGGUGUCGGCGGGACAACAAGUCUGUUUUUAACACCGAUUUACGUGUCGGAGAUCUCUGGUGAUAGUAUCAGAGGACAACUAGGAAGUAUGUUCAUGUUCUCACUUAAAUUUGGAAUUUUACUCGGUUAUAUUAUCGGUGCAUUUUUGUCGUAUCAUUUAUUUGCUGUGUGCGCACUUCUCAUGUGUUUUCUUUAUUUUUUGUGCUUCAAUUUUCUGCCAGAAACUCCCAUUUAUCUUCUAAGGAAUGAAACAGAAGUUGCGAGCACUGAGUCCUUAAUGUGGUUGAAGAAUAAUGACACAACUGCAGUUGAACGUGAAUUAUCUCGGAUGAAAAUUUUUGUAGAAAAAAAUUAUAAUGCUAAAAAUACUGUAAGUUUGAAAGAUUUAUUCCGUGAUAAAGGCACUAUUAAAGCUUUUAUAAUUGCGAUGACACUAUUGUGCGGCCAACAAACUUGCGGAAUUAUGAUUGUUCUGGGAUACACUGCAAAAAUUUUUGAAAUGGCAGGAAGUUCAUUGCAUCCAAACAUAUGCGCAAUUAUAAUUGGCAUUAUCCAAAUAAUAAGCUGCUGGUUGUCAAUACUGCUAAUGGAACGAGCUGGAAGAAAAACAUUGAUAUCAAUUUCAUGUAUAGGCAUUUAUCACUCGUAUGACGUUUCCUCAGUUAAUUGGCUACCUCUAAUAGCACUUUCGGCAUUUUCAAUUUUAUAUUGCCUCGGUAUGGGCCCAGCACCUUUUGUUGUUAUGUCAGAAAUUUUCAGUUCCGAUAUUUCAGCACUCGCUUCUUCCAUCGCUCUCCUUUUUAUGGGUCUAAUGGGCUUCAUUAAUAUGAAAACUUUUCCUUUUCUUGUUGAUUUAAUAGGAAUACACAGUAAUUUCUUCUUAUCUGCUUUGGUCGGUUUACUUACUCUUAUUGUUAUUACUUGCAUGUUACCAGAAACAAAAGGAAGAAGCUUACAAUCUAUUAUCCAUGAACUAAAUGGCAUAACUGAACAUUCGGGAGUCAUGACCUCUAGCUGUCAAGUUUUACAAAACAAUCACAACAAAGAAUCACGAUUGCAUUAAAGGAGAUAAAAAUAAAAAUAAAUUAAUAGUUGGUGAAUUUAAUUUUUAUACUUUUUUAAUUGUUUUAUCAUUUUUAUUAAUGGCUUCAUUCGGAAGAUACAAUGGGCGAUCUAAUCAAGAGCUUGUCAAUUAUCUUAAACGAUCAGGAAUUAUUAAAUCUGAUCGUGUGUUUGAAGCAAUGAGUUCUGUUGAUCGUGCUAAGUACGUAGUUAGAGGAAACCCGUAUGUCGAUUCACCGCAAGGUAUUGGUUAUGGUGUGACAAUAAGUGCUCCACACAUGCACGCUUAUGCAUUGGAGUAUCUCGAAGACAAAUUAAAAAAUGGAAAACGAGCGCUGGAUGUUGGUUCAGGUUCUGGAUAUUUAACAGCAUGCAUGGGAACGAUGGUUGGUCCUGAUGGAGUUGCCGUAGGUAUUGAUCAUAUCUCUGAGCUCCAGGCUCUUGCUACCCGCAAUAUCAAAGCUGAUAAGCCAGAAUUACUUGAAAGUGGUCAAGUAAAAUUAAUCGUUGGAGAUGGAAGACAAGGGUAUCCAAAUGAUGCACCGUACGAUGCUAUUCACGUUGGAGCAGCAGCCAAAGAGACACCAUACGCGCUAAUUGAUCAAUUAGCACCAGGAGGUCGAUUAAUAGUACCGAUAGGUCCCGAAAGUGCUGACCAAAAACUCGUACAAAUUGAUAAAACAAUGAAUGGAGAAAUACAACAACGAUCGUUGAUGGGAGUCGUUUAUGUACCUUUGACUGACAAAGAACGACAAUAUUCAUGA